AAAUAUCUGGGUUCGAGAGAGCCUCCAGAGGAAACAGAGUCUCCGCCCUGCUUUUGUUGGAAAUUGAAUAACCUAAGAGAGAGAGAGAGAGGAAGCAGAAGAAGAUAGAUAGAUUCGAUUCAGACCAGAGAAUCGUAGAUUGAUCGAAGAAGAUGAACACUGACAUCACUGCCUUGGAGAAGCCCCAAUACCCCGUCGUCGAUCGGAAUCCACCAUUCACAAAAGUCGUCGGAAACUUCAGCGUACUCGAUUACCUCCGUUUCUCCACCAUCACCGGCGUUUCCGUCACCGUCGGCUACCUAUCAGGGAUUAAGCCUGGGAUCAAAGGACCGUCAAUGGUGACGGGAGGACUGAUCGGACUCAUGGGUGGGUUCAUGUAUGCGUACCAGAACUCGGCGGGGAGGCUCAUGGGUUUCUUCCCUAACGAAGGCGAGGUUGCUAGUUACCAGAAGCGCGAUGGGUUCUCCAAAUGAGAGUCUAUUGCUGGAUCUCUGGGUUCCAAUUCGAAAAUGAACUCUUUUUGAGGAUAAUGUUUGCCUCUGUUUGUUACAACUUAUGAUGUUGAUGAUCAAUAAAUAUUUGAGCUUGCUCAAAAAUUGUUUGUUAUGACUUAUGAUGCUGACACCAGUAAAGAUUUGAGCUUUGCUUAAAUGUUUGAAAUAGUGAACGGUUUGUCAUGUUUUGGAACA